GGGUUCCUGCUAAAUAAAGCCGCCACUCGGUAAUGGCAACGAGAAGAUAAAGGACGCAGGAAUUAUCUUUAAGCAACGCCGUAUCUUUCUGCCCUUUUUCUCUUUCGCAACUUCCUCCAGUGUGCGCUCUCAAAACAGGCUUAGAGCGUUUUUUUUCUCUUCCAUAAGGGGUAUUUUUAAUUCUAAAGCAAGGGAUUGGUCACACUUGGUCUCAUUAGCAUGAGGAGCCGUAUAAACCCCGCCACCGCAGAAUUCCGCGCGGCGUCGAAGGCGAGGCAGCAAUCGCGCGACCGGCUGCGCGCGAGCACCGGGCAACUUUCACUUUCAGCACAGUUCAGUCGGCGACGGCGGGAGCUGCAUGGGGCGCUCGCGGAGGUGAACUGCUCUCGUCUGCUCGGCGCACAAUGAGGCUGCACGCGCACGGGAAGCCCGCUGCAACGAUGAUACGGAGCAAGUGGGCAACUUGUUGGCACAGGCGGAUGUUUAUUUCCUCCGUCCUUCAGUUUUUAUUCGCCUCACUGGCUCAGUCCGAAGGAAAUACUAUUCGAUAUCUGACCCGCGAGGAGGACGCACCUGGUACAGUCAUAGGAAACCUCGCCAAGGACAUGUCCUUGAGUCUGUCUCAUUCCUCCAAGAGCAAUUUUAGGAUGAUGAAACAAUUCAAUGAUUCAUUCAUCAAGGUAAGGGAAAGCGACGGGGAGCUCGCUGUCGGGGAACGAAUUGACAGGGAGAGAAUCUGCAGACACACUCCACAGUGUCUCAUUACCUUCGACGUGGUCAAUUUUUCCAAAGACCGCUACAAAUUGAUCCACGUCGAGGUGGAAGUGAAGGACGUCAACGACAACUCUCCGGAGUUUCCGAGCAAGGAAUCCGUGGUGGAGAUAUCGGAGAACGCGGCGGUGGGGUCGCGGAUCCCGCUGGACCCGGCUGCGGACGCGGACGUCGGGUCAAACUACAUCCAAAGCUAUCAGAUUUCUGUCAACAGUCAUUUCACCAUCGACGUGCUUCUGAGAGCGGAUGGGGUUAAAUAUGCGGAAUUGGUGCUAAUGAAAGAGCUAGACAGGGAGACUCAGUCCUCAUAUACUGUGGAGUUGGUCGCGACGGACGGAGGGAACCCGUACAGAUCGGGCUCAACAAAGGUAACGAUCAAAGUGACUGACUUCAACGACAACAGUCCAGUUUUUGACCAGAACAGUUUUUCGGUGAGUUUGCCGGAGGACGCGCCGGUCGGCACCGUCAUACUGGACUUAAACGCAGUCGACGCCGAUGAGGGUUUAAACGGAGAAGUCGUCUACGGCUUCGGGAAACAGGUUUCUCACGAGAUCCGGGAACUUUUCCAGGUGGAUGACAAAUCCGGUCGCCUGACGCUCAGGAGUCCGGUGGAUUUUGAGGACAAAAGCACCUACGAGCUAGACGUGCAGGCGACCGAUCUGGGACCCAACCCGACCCCCUCCGUGUGCAAAAUCAUAAUUCACGUCACAGACGUUAAUGACAAUGCCCCAGAAAUUAGUAUUACCCCGAUGACCUCCAUCACGACAGGCAUUGCGUACAUCAGCGAGACGGCGGACAAGGACAGUCUGGUGGCGCUGAUCAGCACCUUGGACAGAGACUCGGGUGUUAACAGCCAGGUCUACUGCACAUUAUACGGCCACGACCAUUUUAAACUCCGACAGGCUUACGAGGACAGCUACAUGAUAGUAACAGCGGCAGCCCUAGACAGGGAGCGGAUUAGCGAGUAUAACCUGACGAUCAUGGCUGAGGAUUUUGGGUCACCUCCGCUGAGAAAGAUCACUCAGUACAGCAUUAGGCUCAGCGACGAGAACGACAACGCCCCUCACUUCACUAAGGCUGUCUAUGAAGUUUCCGUGAUGGAAAACAAUGCCCCAGGCGCUUACAUCACCACAGUGGAAGCCAGCGACGCGGACCUGGGCAACAACGGAAAGAUCACGUACCGACUCGUAGACAGCGUCAUCAUGGGGUCACCUGUGAAUACCUUCGUGUCGCUUAACUCAGUGUCUGGCUCCAUUUACGCGCUGAGGAGUUUCAAUUAUGAGAUAAUGAAACACUUGGACGUACACAUCCAUGCAAGUGAUGGGGGGUCACCACAGCUGCAGAGCACAGCUGUCAUCAGACUAAAAAUAGUUGAUCAGAAUGACAACCAACCUUCUAUCAUAGAGCCUCCCCUUUACAAAGGAUCUGCUGAGAUUUUCUUGCCCAAAGAUGCACCUGCAGGUUAUUUGGUAACCCAGAUAAAGGCCACAGAUGCUGAUGAAGGCAUAAAUGCACAGCUGUCCUAUAAAAUCACAGAGGGAGGACACCUGGGUUUCUCUGUCAACAAGGACACAGGCAAAAUGCACGUGAGCCAACAGCUGACGUAUGAUCUCAACGACAAUGUCAAACUCACAGUGUCGGUCAGUGACAAUGGGUCCCCCGCACUCACCUCCACGGCCAUUAUACACUUAAGCUUCAUAGAAGGAGCUCUCCCCAGCGUACCAUCAUUGUCUCAGAAUAGCCACGAGGAGCUCUUCGAAUGGGACCUGUCCGUGGCCAUAAUCAUUGUCCUGGCUGGGAGCUGCUCUCUCCUCCUCCUGGCCAUCGUUCUCAUCACCACCAUCUGCAGCCGCCGGAGGAAGGACGCGAGGAAGGGGGCGUGCGACGAAAAGGACGACGCGCCUAAUGUGGAGAAAGUGGAAAGUGGUCACACGGACGCAGCCAUCGCCAGCCACAAGGACAAAGUGUUUGAUGCCCGUCCUUUUCUGGAGAAGCCGCCGGUGGCCAGCAGCAACACCACAGAGGCAGACCGCGAGGAUGGCAGGCAGGCAGCAGGCAUGUUCGAGCUGAACAGCAGGGCGAUGGAGGGGAAAUUAAAGCAGGGUUAUUCUACGCUGCCAGGAUACGGGAAGGAGACGGUCAGGCCGAUAACGAUAUGGAAGGGUAACUCAUUCACCACCAUCUCAGCGAGAGAUCCUCACAUCAGCGGCAAGGACAGCGGCAAAGGGGACAGCGACUUCAACGACAGCGAUUCCGAUAUAAGCGGAGACGUGCACAAAAAAGAGUCGCCGCCAACCAACAGCCUGUGGGCGUGCACGAGCGAGUGCAAAGUGCUGGGACACUCGGACCGCUGCUGGAGCCCCUCGGCCGCGCGGCCCAACACGAGCCUGGCCUGCGGGCCGCACCUGUCCACGUUCUCCAAGACGGCCUCGCUUCCCCGGGACAGCCGAAGGGAAAACUAUUACCCGGCUCACAUACCCAAAACCAACGCCCUGCAGAGCGUGUACGAGAAAGUCCAGCACCAGGAGUUUGAUUAUAUUCUGGUCGGCCCGCCGACACCGGCGAGGAUACAGGAGACAGACGAGAUAUCCAUCCCAGAGUACACAAACUCUUAAAUGAGGGUUCAAGGGUCAUAAAAACGGAUUGUGACCAUUGUACAGUACUUUUAUCUUUAUUGACUCUAUGUUGGGUUGUCGCAGUGUUUUGUAGUAUGUCAUGUGUCUUUUGGCUCAUAUAAGACUGUUCAUUGUACCAUGUGUAAUAUGCAAGAUUUUGUACAUUAAUAAUAUAUUUUUCAUAAUGAUUUAAUGUAAAAAAGCAUUUUAUUAUGACUUUUCAAGAGCAUGCGUUCCUGCAUAAAGGGCAUGACCUACGGACGGGGCCAGUCCCAUGUGGAAAACAAUCACUAUGAGCGAUUACCAUGUUUGUGGUAGAUUUUGUCACAUUGUUGCACAAAUAAAUGGUCAAAAGCAAUAAAAUUGUAGCCAUCUGCGCUCACAGGACUUAAAUAUAAUCCUACACACAAAAUACAACCUAUUGUCCCGAAGAAGUCUUUAAACAGCAAAGCCCAAGGAAUAACCUCAAUUAACCAUCUGAAUGCGUUUCACUCGCCUCGAAGGCUUAUAAGCUGCUAUAAUUAAAAUAGUUCUCCAGUGAACACAGCUACAAAUCCAGCCGGCAUAAACUAAUGUCAUAUUUAUUAUUGUAAACAAUAUAAUUGCAGUGUGGGAUCAAUUUGCAUGCGAAUAAUACAUCCGUGAUCAAAUAUUCCUAUAUUACGUGUGUUUUCUAAGGUCAAAGAGUCCCUUUAACUUUCCUGAUUGACUCCUCGCUCAGCAAUUAUCCAAAAAAGUGUGCUUCAACCUGUUUCUAGGCAACGGCAGCUCUACACAUUUGAAUCGAUUUUCCUGCUACAGUAUGUUUUUUGUUUUUAAGUUAUGAAGAGGACUGAGUAACCUUGGUCGUACAAAUACUUUCUUUCUUUUUUUGCACUGUCAAAGCAUAAAAUUUAUAAUUGAGAA